UCUGAGAUAUCGGCCGAGCCUCUUUUUCACAUGAGACAGGAGGAAAAUGGCGGAAGGUGGUCCUCCUGACUGUGCAAAUCAAAAGAAAGAGAUCGAUAACUUACUGAAAACUGUACUAAAGAAGGGUGAUACCUGGUAUUUAGUGGAUACCAAGUGGUUAAAGCAAUGGAAAAAAUAUGUCGGAUUUGAUAGCUGGGACUCCUAUAGCGCUGGAGAUCAAAGUGCUAAUCCCGGCCCUAUUGACAACAAGACAUUAUUCAAAGAGGAUAUGUGUACAUUGAAAGAGCAUCUGAUUGAUGAACUUGAUUAUGUCUUACUACCUACUGAAGGAUGGAAUAAACUUGUAUCUUGGUAUGGAACUGUUGAAGGACAGGAACCGAUUGCUCGCAAGGUCAUUGAGCAGGGAAUGUUUGUGAAACACUGUAAAGUAGAGGUUUACUUGAUAGAUCUUAAACUCUGCCAUAAUUCUGACCUGGAAGAUGUUCACACAAAACAAUUUAGUCGAGCUGUUACAAUAGAUCAAAUUGAGAAAGAAAUGAGGAAACUGUUCAACAUAGCUGAUGACAAAGAUACUCGCUUAUGGAAUCGUUAUAUGUGUAAUACAUAUGAACAUCUCAGUAAAACAGACAACACAAUUCAAGAUGCUGGAUUAUAUCAGGGACAGUUAAUCCUAAUUGAACCCCAAAAUGAAGAUGGAACUUGGCCACGACAGGCUAAAAGUACCAGUUCUUACAAUGCUAGCAGUACCCCUAUUGAAAGACAGCCUUAUAUAUCUACAAGGUCUUCUGCAUAUAGCUACAGCCCCCAUGAUGGAAAUUAUAGCUCGUAUGGGUGCUACAACAAUGAAUCUGGUCGAUCGCAAGCGGUGCCUGGUCUCUGUGGAUUGUCUAAUCUUGGGAACACGUGUUUUAUGAAUUCUGCCCUUCAGUGUAUGAGUAAUGUCUCCUCUCUUACUAAUUACUUCCUUGAAGAAAAGUGGAACGAUGAGCUCAAUGAAGACAACCCUCUCGGUAUGCAGGGAGAAAUUGCAAGGACCUACGCUGAACUUGCUAAGUUAAUGUGGUCGGGCAGAUACACCUACACAGUCCCAAGAAAUUUCAAAAUAGCUGUUGGUAAAUUUGCUCCUCAGUUCUCUGGUUUCCAGCAGCAAGAUUCCCAAGAAUUAAUGGCCUUUCUUUUAGAUGGGCUUCAUGAGGAUCUGAAUCGAAUUCGCAAGAAGCCUUACAUAGAGUUAAAGGAUGCUGAAAACCGACCAGAUAAAGAAGUCGCCGAAGAAGCUUGGGGAAAUUACCGCAAAAGAAACGAUUCAGUGAUUGUUGAUACAUUUCAUGGUUUGUUGAAGUCCACUUUAGUUUGUCCACAAUGUUCCAAAGUCUCUGUAACAUUUGACCCAUUUUGUUACCUUUCAUUGCCUUUACCCAUCAAGAAAGAACGGCAGAUGGAGGUGUUUUGGGUCCCCUUAGAUCCUGCCAAACACCCUGUUCAGUACAAACUAACUGUUCCAAAAUUGGGCACUGUCUCAGAUUUGUGUUCUGCCUUAUCUAAAUAUGUGAAUAAACCAGCAGAUCAGAUGAUUGUCACUGAUGUCUAUAGUCAUAAAUUUCAUAAGAUCUAUUCAAAAGAAGAUGGAUUGAGUCCGAUUACAGACAGGGAUGAUAUUUUCAUAUACGAAGUUCCUCUAAUGGAUGACCAUAUAGUUAUUUUACCAAUCUACAUGAGAGAGAAAAAAGUGAAAGUGGCUUACAAUGAUACUCCUAUAACAUCAUACAGUUUAUUCGGUCAGCCGUUACUUCUUCCAGUUCCCAGAAAACAUUGUACCUAUGAAAUCCUUUAUAAUUUAGUUUUAAAUAGAAUAUCACGUUAUGUGAAAGUUCCUGAUGAAUCUGAGAAAUGGUGGAUAGACGACGAUGUGAAGAAUCGGUCAGAUGAAGAUGAUGAACUGGAGGAAGACUUAGAUAAUUUGGAUGUUGUACCAAAGCCUCUCUACAGUGUGAAUGGGGAAAACAAUUCUCAAAUGGAGGAAAUGGACGAUAGUUGUGACUCUCCCUUAGAAGAAAGUCCCAAAGGAAAUCUUCCCUACAGCAGCAACCUCAACUGUACAGAUACCUCAACUACAUUGACUAACAACUUAAAUAACAGUGUUGGUCCUGCUAGUAGCUCCACUACCAACAGCAAUAUAACAGCAACCAGUGGGAAAUCGAAGACAGAACUAAAGCAAUCAUGUGAAGACAACAUCAAUACAGAUAUUGAAACCGAAGAAAAUGAAAACCAGCCACCACAUCGUCUCUUCCGGUUUACGCCCGUCAAUUCUUAUGGAACAGCAGCAGUUGAUAAUCGAAUGGAUGAAAGUGGAAAGCCGUUGGAAUUAACAUCACAAACCUAUAUUGCUAUAGACUGGGAUAUGAAAGCCAAAAUGAAAUUUUACAGUGAAUCUGUAGCAGAGACAAUUGAUAUUCAUGAAUCGAUGCGCCAGAAGAACACUAUGAAGAAGCAGACCAUUCAGUUGAAUGAAUGUUUGGAAUUAUUUACAACAAAGGAAAAACUCGGCGCUGAUGAUCCCUGGUAUUGUCCUCAGUGUAAGAAACAUCAGCAGGCCACGAAAAAGUUCGAUCUCUGGUCUUUACCCAACAUCUUAGUUAUACACUUGAAACGGUUUUCUUACAAUCGAUAUUGGCGAGACAAAAUAGAUACGCUUGUUGAAUUCCCCACUUGUAACUUGAAUCUGAAGAAAUACAUAAUCAACAACAACCAUGGUCCUGCUACUUAUGAUUUAAUAUCUGUGAGUAACCACUAUGGUGGAAUGGGUGGUGGUCACUAUACGGCAUUUGCCAAAAACAAAGAUGAUAAGGAAUGGUAUUAUUUUGAUGACUCAACUGUAUCAGCUUCUUCUGAGGAUGCUGUUGUGACAAAGGCUGCCUAUGUACUUGUGUAUCAAAGACAAGGCAUCCCUGAUCCAUCUCAGAAGAAACGGUCCAAGAUGAAUAAUGCUACCUGUUCUUCCUUAGCCGGAGGAAGUGGCCAAGCUGCUGCUGCUGUCACUGCCGCUGCUGCUGCCACCACUGCUGCUGCUGUCGGUGCUCCGCCGCCUUCUUUCCCACAGACUGAGUCACAAGAUAGAAACACAAAUGGUAUUGAAGAUACCGAUGAUGAUGACGAUGAUGAUGAUGAAGCUAUGGACAUAAAUUAAGACUGGGUUUUU